CAGCGCUGCUUAUUUGUCUAACCCCCCCCCAACACAUAACAAAAACAGCUUAAAGUGAAAAUGGUAAAGUACAUGCGACAGCUGAAACCCGAAGAGGUCCUGUCGGAGUCUGAUGCGUCCACGGACCAGCAGGAUUUCGGAGAGAUGUCCGACUAUUCUUUCAGCGACGUUUUAUACUCCAAAUGUUCCGCAAUGGACCAAAUCGGCACUUUUAUGAAGAACGUGCAAGUGCUGCUCGAUGCAGCCAAUUACAUAGAAAAUGUCGAGAAGAACAACGGAAAAUGUGAGCAUGGGUAUGCUUCAACAUAUCCUGCCAAUCAGACUACACAUCACCAGAAACAGCGAAAAUUCAAGAACAGGAAACUGGACAAUAUUCAUAACAGGUCUGCACACAAUGAACUGGAAAAAAAUAGACGAGCACAUCUCCGCCUGUGUUUGGAGAGGUUGAAGUCCCUCAUCCCUCUGGGACCAGACUGCAGUCGGCACACCACACUGGGACUACUCAACAAGGCCAAAGCACAUAUCAAGAAACUUGAAGAGAUGGAUCGGAGGAGUCAGCACCAGCUGGACAACCUGGAGAGGGAGCAGAGGCACCUGCAGAGGCAGCUAGCUCAGCUGCAGACUCUUGGAGAGAGGGAAAGAGUCCGUACAGACAGCCUGGGUUCCAGGAUGGACUCCGACCGCUCAGAGUCUGACAGAGAGGAGAUUGACGUUGAUGUGGAAAGCACUGAGUUCUCCCAUGGAGAAAUGGACAGUGUAAGCACCAGUGGUGCAAGUGACCUGGAUGACCACAGCAGCCGGCUGAGCUCAGCCAGUGAUGAGGGCUAUUCCACUUGCAGUCUAAAACUGGCAUUCUCCGCUUAAAGCACCAGCCUAUACUUUUACUUCAGCUGCAGUCUUUUAUGGCUUUCAACUUUCAAAGUACCAGCCUACAGCUCCAUUUACCCUCGCAGUUUAGGUUAACUGUCCUCUGAAGAACAACCAGCCUCAAUCCCACCUUUACCUGAAAAACGAAACGUCUGCUCCACCCAAGAACCAGCCUUAAGUUCAACUCAGUCUAAAAGUUUAAAAUUACCUGCUUCUAAAAGCCAAGGGGCGUCUCUACAUCAGAAACA